AAAAGAAUUAAAGUUGCGGCUUGAAUUUUUUUUAAAAGCUUCAAACACCACAUCACAACAAGCAAGAACCGCACAACUCUGCUUUGCAACGACAACAAGAAGAAAAUACAAUUUCGGAUUUUUUGUAUUGGAUAUUUAUCAUCAUCAAUACAAUAAGAACAAGUUGUUGUUACGAUUUGAAAGAAAAGGAAUAUUAUUAUUAUCAUCAUUGUUAGAUAUUUUGUAAUACAGAGCCGAUUAAUUGAUAUCAUGAAUGAAUCCAAGAACUCUUCCAAGAAGAAUUUUCACAAAAUUGAACUGAAAUGGAUGAACCAAAUCGACAGUGCUGUCUUUGUCGAUACAUCCAACAGAGAUGCCGAUGUAAAUGUUCUAGUGACCUCUAGAAAAAUCAAAAAUCAAGAGGAAUCUCCAAAGGACAUUCUCUUUAGAACUCACCACUAUGAAAUGAGAAAACGAAAAAUCACGCCACUGCCAUCAACAAUACCACUCAAUGGUCCAUUUAUGUCACCUUACUCUCUUGCUAAUGGAGCCACUAAUAAUCAGGGGACAUUGCUGCCACCUCCUCCUUCAUCAUCAUCAACAGUUCCAAUUCUCACAAUAGAACCAGCAGCCGAUGAAAGUGAAGAAUCCAAUGAUUCAGAAUGCUCGGAGGCCACUGCUGCUGAAAACCUUUUGAGUAUCAGUGUUGCACCACCAAAACGUGAAGAUCCACCAGUUGCCAUGCCAAAAGUAUUCAAAUCCUACAAGCAAUUACAACAACAAAAGAGUGAAAGCUCCAACAGUCAGGAGAGCUCUGCUUCGCCCACUAAGGUCAGGGUGGCACAACCCUUCCCAACAAUUCCACCUAUUAGUCCAAAGGAAAACACAACCACAACAGACAAAAAGUCAAACAAACCAAAAAAUAUUGAGCUAUCACCAAAGAAGAAAAAAUCAGCCAAAGAAACCAAUGCCAAUAUUGAUCCAUCUCUAUUCCCUCCAAACAACAACAAUGCUAGCUCUAAUAAUGGGGCAGAUUCGCCUGGUACCAUGAUUGAUAGUGCUGGACUUUUAGAUAGUAGCAUUCCUUUCACACCAUUCGAUGAUAUUAUCAAUAGUGUGGAUCCGACUCAUUUCACCCUCUGCGCUUCAGGUAAUAAUGGACAAGAGGAGGAAUUUAAAGAAUUUGCGACUGGACUUGAAUGCACACCUGUUAUUACAUACAGUUUUACUGAGGAUCCUACAACAAGAAAUUGGGUUGUUGAACUCUUUUGGCCAACCGAGAAAAAGGCUCUUAGCUGGAGAGGAAAGUUUUGUUUUUAUAUUAGUAUUUUCAGAAAGGAUAUGGCAAGUAAUUCUUACAAACUCGUAAUGAGUAAGAUUUCAUCCCAAUUUGCUGUCUUUUCCAAACCAGAUGUAUUUCUUAAAAAGAUUAAAUCAUCAACAACCAAGAAACCAGAACCAAAGAAGAAGGAGAAACAAGCCACACCAAAUACAUGGCCAAUGCCAUCACUGACUCCAAGUGAUACAAUUCCACAGCCACCAGUUGUAAAUCUUACCCCUUCCACGAGCUCUCUCCUCUUACCAAAUCAAACUGGACUUAUUACAACACCACAAAAACCAGGAUUAACCAAUCUUGAAGAUAUGGCAGUUCACUUCCAACCAGGUUCAUCUCUUCCACAACUUCCACCACUCAGCUCUAAUAUUCCUGGUGGAAUGCCACUCUUGCCAAAUCCUACUCAACUUCUCCAAAAUUCACCAUUCCCGCCACCUUCAAUGAAUAAUCCCUAUCUUAAUCCAAUGGGUGGAAUGCCACUCGGAAAACCUUUACCACCUCCUUUUGCAAUGCCACCUUUACAACCUAUUAUAAAGCAAGAACAAGAAAGCUCAACAACGACAACUGAAGGGCCACUCAAAAAGCAAAAGUUGACUCAAUAAAGAGGUAGUCGUUUUACAA